UCCAAGUCUGACCCAUAGAGGUCAUAGAAGAAAUGUGUCUGUUCGCCAUAUUUUGCUACGAAAAUUAAGUUUGACGUAAGAGCCUACAAAAUUUUCGAGUGCACUCGCCAAACACAAAUCCAGCUACAUGUAACAUGUUCUCACUGAAUUCCAUAAACACCCAAAAUCAGAUUUUAGUUAGUUUUAGCCAACUAUCGGCCCGCUACUCCAGUGUUUUCAGGCACAGAAAACACAGUUAUGGUAAAAACAAGAAUGUUAAACGGAAAGAGAGCGCGGCGUUGACGUAUGAUGCAACAAUUUGCAAGGAAAGCUUUCAAGAGGCGAUUAAGAAUUUGGACAAGGAUGUCCUAGUAGAAUUGAAGAAGGUGGACAUUCGCUCGCUGGCAUCAUCCCCGCGUAUGUCAAGGGACGCAGAGCGGUGUCUAUCGCCUAGAAAAAUCUCUCAUGUGUCAGCAGACUCCUUUGAGAAAAAUAAAAAUGGUUGGUCGGUGGAGACUCCAAAAAGAGGUUUCCUCAGCUUCACUGACCAGUUUGUCGGGUUAUUAUCGAGUAGUAUCCAGCAGAGGGGCUUUGAUGUCCAAGUGCGAGGCUUCAAGACGGAGAGAGGGAUCCAUGCGGACUUGAAACGGAACCCAAACUUGAUAAAUAGACUGCGUAAGUUCUUCGGGUUUACAGCGGAGCCACCUGCCAAUAAAGACAAGCAGGCGUUAGGGCCGGACGUGGCGCCUCGUCUCGAGAAGCUGCUCGGAGAUGACUCCCCGCUCACCAGCCAGCAGAAGGAUAAGAUCAAGAUUGCUUUCGCUGAGGGGUAUUUGGCUGGGUCGCACCCAGACAAUGCCCGCGGCACCAAAGCCUCCAAGUACCUCAAGGUGGUACAGCAGCUGCUAACCAUAGUACUCUUCCUGGCGAUCUUCGUGAGCCUCAUGGCCUCAGUCAGCGGGACCGUCUUCCGCAGGAUUCAGCUGGGCAACCAAGUGGAGGUGGACCCUGAAGACAUCUCCGUCACCUUCGAUGACGUCAAGGGGGCUGACGAGGCCAAACAGGAGCUGAAGGAUGUGGUGGAGUUUCUAAAGUCCCCCGAGAAGUUCUCGUCCCUGGGCGGCAAGCUGCCGAAGGGCGUGCUGCUGGUGGGCCCGCCGGGCACGGGCAAGACGCUCCUCGCGCGCGCCGUGGCGGGCGAGGCGCGGGUGCCGUUCUUCCACGCCGCGGGGCCCGAGUUCGACGAGAUCCUCGUCGGCCAGGGCGCGCGCCGCGUCCGGGACCUCUUCAAAGCGGCGAAGGAGCGCGCGCCGUGCGUUAUAUUCAUCGAUGAGAUCGACUCCGUGGGUGCAAAGAGAACUAACAGCGUCCUACAUCCUUACGCCAACCAGACAAUUAACCAACUUCUAUCAGAAAUGGACGGAUUCCACCAGAACGAGGGAGUUAUAGUACUGGGUGCCACCAACCGACGCGACGACUUGGACCAGGCUUUGCUGAGACCGGGUCGUUUUGAUGUUGAGGUGACUGUGCCAACCCCGGACUACGGCGGUCGCCGCGAGAUUUUAGAACUGUACCUGGGCCGCGUGGCCGCCAACCCCGACGUGAACAGCGAUGUGCUAGCCAGAGGGACUACAGGUUUCACCGGCGCUGACCUCGAGAAUAUGGUCAACCAGGCUGCUCUCAAGGCAGCGAUAGACGGCGCAAAGACAGUCACAAUGAAGUACCUAGAAGACGCGCGGGACAAGGUGCUGAUGGGCCCCGAGCGUCGUUCACGGCUCCCGGACGAAGAGGCCAACACUAUCACGGCUUACCACGAGGGCGGACACGCUCUAGUCGCUUACUACACUAAGGACGCGCACCCCCUCCACAAAGUGACCAUUAUCCCCCGCGGGCCGUCGCUCGGGCACACCGCCUACAUCCCCGCUAAGGAGCGCUACCACGUCACCAAGCAACAGUUGUUGGCCAUGAUGGAUACCAUGAUGGGGGGCAGGGCUGCUGAGGAACUGGUCUUUGGCCCUGACAAGAUUACUUCAGGCGCCUCAUCAGACCUGAAGCAGGCCACGUCUAUCGCGCAGCACAUGGUGCGAGAGUGGGGAAUGAGCGAGCGAGUUGGCCUGCGCAGCAUGGAGACCUCGAGGGGACAGUCGACACAACCUACUUUAGGACCUCAGACCAAUGAACUGGUGGACACGGAGAUCAAAAAGCUGCUGUCAGAGAGUUACGAACGCGCUAAGACCAUUCUCCGGACACACGCUAAGGAACACAAGGCGCUCGCCGAGGCGCUACUUAAAUACGAGACUCUAGACGCGGAAGAUAUAAAAGCCAUAAUGAACGGCGACAAACCGGCGAACGACAAGGCGCGCUCCGCCCGCGACCCCGCGCCCGCCCCCGCCCCCGCCCCCGCGCCGCCGCUGCUGCCGCCGCAGCCGCACCCCGCCUAGCCGCAGCCGGGCCACAACGCUGGACAGACGUUUGAAGUGUCUUUGAAAAUUUUGCAGGCGCCAAGAUAGUUUCCAAAUCAAUAAAAAUAAGCAAAAUCACCAACUAGUUAGCAACUUGUAAUACCGAUUAUUUUAAGGACUGAUAUUACAUAUUCAUAUUGUUUAAA